CCUCAUCUGUUUCUGCAGAUUUUGCGACCCUUUCUUUCAACCUCUAAUAUCGGCAACCAUGAUUCAGACAACUUCAGGCUUACGCGGUCUGUUUCAAUCUCUCCGGCCGGCUGCUUCCCUUUCAUCCAAGGAUUUGCAGAUUUCCAUGUAUCGUUGGUACACAUCUCCUGCUGAAUCAUCGCUGCAAGAACUGAGCAAACCAUGUGUCUCCGAGGAGGAUAAGUAUGCUGAUGUGGAUUGGGAUAAUCUCGGAUUUGGUCUGACACCUGCAGACUACAUGUUUGUCAUGAAAUGUUCCAAAGAUGAAAAUUUUCGGACAGGGCAGAUCAGUCCAUUUGGAAAUAUUGAACUAAGCCCUUCUGCAGGAGUCCUAAAUUAUGGACAGGGAUUGUAUGAAGGUACAAAAGCAAACAGAACAGAUGAUGGAAGGAUUCUUCUUUUCCGUCCAGAACAAAAUGCAAUGAGAAUGAAGCGCGGUGCGGAAAGACUCUGCAUGCCUUCUCCUUCCAUUGAUCAGUUUGUUGAUGCUGUGAAAGAAAUUACUCUGGCAAACAAACACUGGGUUCCUCCCCCUGGAAAAGGGUCACUCUAUAUUAGGCCCCUGCUUAUUGGAAGUGGUCCUAUUCUGGGUUUAGGCCCUGCCCCUGAAUGUACAUUCCUUAUAUAUGCUUCCCCUGUGCGCAACUACUUCAAGGAAGGUACAGCUCCUUUGAACUUAUAUAUUGAGGAAGAAUUUGUCCGCGCCUCGCCUGGAGGAGCUGGAGGUGUGAAAUCAAUAACCAACUAUGCUCCUGUUCUGAAAGCAAUAACCAAAGCUAAAGGCAGGGGAUUUUCUGAUGUUUUGUACCUUGAUGCUGUGAAUAAGAAAUAUAUAGAGGAGGUCUCUUCAUGUAAUAUUUUCGUCUUAAAGGGAAAUCUUAUUUCAACUCCAGCUACAAUUGGGACUAUUCUUGAAGGGGUAACCCGAAAAAGUGUCAUGGAGAUCGCUAAGGAUCUUGGUUACCAGGUGGAGGAACGUCAGAUUUUGGUGGAUGAACUGGUCGAUGCUGAUGAAGUUUUCUGCACUGGAACUGCUGUUGGAGUUGCACCAGUUGGCAGUAUUACACAUCAGAAUAAGAGAAUUGAAUUCAAAAUGGAAGGUCAGUUGGUGUGCCAAAAACUGUAUUCUACUCUUGUAGGAAUUCAAACAGGUGUUAUUGAGGAUAAAAAAGGAUGGACCAUAGAGAUUCAUUAACAUAUAUGUUGUGUAAGUUAAGGAAUUAGGAGUUUCAAUCAUUGAUGUGAUUGAUUCAUCGAAUAAUAUACUUGAUUUAAGUAAUAAUAAUUUAUUUUUUUA